CUGCAAUGACAGCGUCUUUGCUAAUGAAGACAUGAGGAAGGAGACUUUUAAGAACUGGCCCCACAAGUCACCUGUGGCUGUUGACGCUCUCGUCAAAGCAGGCCUUUUCUACACAGGCAAAAAGGACCUUGUCCGGUGUUUUUCCUGUGGAGGAUGUAUGGAGAAGUGGGAGGAAGGUGACGACCCAUUAGCAGACCACACCAAGUUUUUCCCAGAUUGUGUAUUUCUUCAAAACCUGAAGUCCUCUGCAGAAGUGAUUCCAGCCCUUGAGAGCCACCAUGAACUUCUGGAAUCCAUGGAAAUCACAAGUAAAAGCAAUCACGAGGACCCAGUUCAUCCCACCGAGGCCGGCUUGGCUCCGAGGGGAGCCCAGUGGUUUCAGGAGGCAAAGAGUCUGAGUAAGCAGCUGCGAGACGCCUACACCAAAGCCACUUUCCGCCACAUAAAUUUACCAGAGGUGUGCUCCAGCCAAGGCACUGACCACUUGCUUGGCUGUGAUGUGUCCAUCAUUUCAAAGCACAUCAGCAGGCCAGUGCAAGGGGCCCUGACAAUCCCUGAGGUCUUCGCCAAUCUCAGCUCGAUCAUGUGUGUGGAGGGGGAAGCUGGCAGUGGGAAGACAACCUUCCUGAAGAAAAUAGCUUUUCUCUGGGCAUCAGGGUGCUGUCCCCUGUUGAACAGGUUCCAGCUGGUCUUCUACCUCUCCCUUAGUUCCACCAGACCAGACCAGGGUCUGGCCAGCAUCAUCUGUGCCCAACUCCUAGAGGCAGGAGGCUGCAUUAGUGAAGCAUGCCUGAGCAGCAUCAUCCAGCAGUUAAAACACCAGGCGCUGUUCCUGUUGGAUGACUAUAAUGGGGUGGACUCGCUCCCCCAAGCCCUAGAGACACUGAUUACAAAAAACUACUUGUCACGAACCUGCUUAUUGAUCGCUGUCCAUACAAACAGGGCCAGGUCCAUCCGUCCAUACCUGGAUACAAUUCUAGAGAUCAAAGAGUUUCCUUUCUAUAAUACCGUCUCUGUAUUACGGAAGGUCUUCUCACAGACUAUAACACGUCUGCAAGAAUUUAUGGUUUACUUUGGACAGAAUGAGGAUUUACAGGGAAUUCACAAAACUCCUCUCUUCAUGGCAGCAGUUUGUACUGACUGGUUUCAAAAUCCUUCUGACCAGCUCUUUCAUGAUGUGGCCGUUUUCAAGUCCUAUAUGAAGUACCUGUCCUUAAAGUACAAAGCUGCAGAUGAGGCCCUCAAGGCCACUGUGUCCUCAUGUGGACAGCUGGCCUUGAGGGGGUGUUUUUCUUCAUGCUUUGAGUUCAACAAUGAUGACUUCACAGAGGCCGGAGUGGAUGAAGAUGAAGACCUGACCACCUGCUUGAUGAGCAAAUUCACUGCCCAGAGACUGAGACCAGUCUACCGGUUUUUAAGUCCUCUCUUCCAAGAAUUUCUUGCUGCCAUGAGGCUGACUGAACUCCUGGGUUCAGACAGGCAGGAAGACCAAGACCUGGGAAUUCAUUAUUUGAGACAAAUUAACUCGCCCUUGAAGGCUCUGACCACCUACAACAACUUUUUGAAGUAUGUCUCCAGCCACCCUUCAUCAAAGGCAGGGCCAGAAGUUGUGUCUCAUUUGCUUCAGUUGGUGGAUGAGAAAGUGUCACUGAAGAACAUGUCUGAAGAAGAGGAUCAUGUUAAGCACCGACCAGAACCUUCCUUGAUAACACAAUCAAUUAAAAAAUUGUGGCACUUUUCUCCUGUAGCUUUUUCCUUGAUUUUUUCAGAAACUUUAUUGGGCAUUGCUCUAAACUUUGCUUAUGAAAGCAACACAGUUUCUGCAUGUUCUCCAUUGAUUUUGCAAUUCCUUCGAGGGAGAACACUGGCUUUAAAAGUUUUGAAUUUCCAGUACUUUAGGGACCACCCAGAAAGCCUGUUACAGUUGGCAAGUAUAAAAGUCUUCAUAAAUGGAAAUAAAAUGUCACCUAAUAUAGGUUACUCAGUCAUGAAAAAGUGUUAUGAAACAUUACAGCCACCAACAAUAGAUGAGGACUAUGCAUCUGCCUUUGAACAUAUGAAGGAAUGGGCAGAAAAUUUAGCUAAAAAUGAAGAGAAUUUAUACAGUUUUUUGAAUAAUCAAUGCAGGUGUCUACCCAAAAUAAAUUCUGGGUAUUGGAAACUGUCACCCAAGCCACACAAGAUCCCUAGGUUGGAAGUUGCAGUGGCCGACAUGGGCCCCGCAGACCAGGCACUGCUCCGGGUCCUAAUGGAAGUCUUCUCAGCUUCACAGAAUAUUGAGCUCUGCUUGUCCAACAGCAGUGGCUUUCUUGAAAGCAUCCGCCCGGCUCUGGAGCUGAAUAAGACCUCUGUCACCAAGUGCUCCGUGUGCAGGCUGGAGCUCAGCACAGCAGAACAGGAGCUGCUUCUCACCCUGCCUGCCCUGCAGUCUCUUGAGGUCUCAGGGACAGACCAGUUACCAGAUCAACUCUUUGCAAACUUGGACAAGUUCCUGGGCCUGAAAGAACUGUGUGUGAGACUGCAUGGCAAAGCAGAUGUGCUUUCAGCCCUUUCUGGAGAGUUCCCAAACCCCCACCACAUGGAGAAGUUAUCCAUCCAAACCUCCAUGGAGUCUGACCUCUCUAGACUCGUUAAAUUGAUUCAGAACUCUCCAAAUCUUCAUGUCUUCCAUCUGAAAUGUAAUUUCCUGUUGAAUCGUGAGUCUCUCAUGGCUGCGCUUGCUUCCUGCAAGAAACUCAGAGAGAUUGAGUUUUCUGGACGAUGCUUUGAAACCAGGCCAUUUGUCACCGUCUUGCCAAAUUUUGUUUCUCUGAAAAUAUUGAAUCUUAAAGACCAACACUUUCCAGAUAAGGAAAUAUCAGAAAAGUUUGCACUGGCUCUGAGCUCUCUCAGGAACCUGGAGGAACUGCUUCUUCCCACUGGGGACGGGAUUCACCAAGUGGCCAGACUGAUUGUCCAGCAGUGUCUGCAGCUUCAGUGUCUCCGGGUUCUUGCCUUUCACCACACCUUGGAUGACGACAGUGUGAUGGAAAUUGCCAAGGUAGCAACCAGUGGAGGCUUCCAGAAACUUGAGAACUUAGAUCUUUCAGUGAAUCCCAAGAUUACAGAGGAAGGAUACAGACAUUUCUUUCAAGCCCUCAACAACCUGCCAAACCUGCAAGAGCUGAACAUCAGCAGGCAUCUCUCAGAAUGCAUCCAAGUGCAGGCCACCACUGUCAAGGCUCUGAGCCAGUGUGUGAUGAGACUGCCCAGCCUCAUCUGGCUCGGGAUGCUCAGCUGGCUCCUGGACGAAGAGGACAUGAAAGUGAUGAACGCUAUGAAGGAAAGACACCCUCAGUGCAAACGCUUGACUAUCUUCUGGAAAUGGGUACUGCCAUUCUCUCCUGUCAUUCAGAGGUGAAGGAUGCAGCUGAAGGCUACUGACAGUUUUAAAUAUCUGAUUUCCUAAAACAUUUUACUGUAGCUAAGCAAGGUGGUACUCCUCUGUACUUUCAGCAUUUAGGAGACUGAAGUGGGAGAAUCAAGAAGUUCAGACCAGUCUGUGUUACAUAGCAAGAUCUUGUCUUAACUGAUCAGCCUGCUCUUUGAUCACCUCCCAUUGAGGGGAGAGCAGCCUUACCAGGCCACAGAAGAAGACAAUGCAGCCACUCCUGAUGAGACCUAAUAGACUAGGAUCAGAAGGAAGGAGAGGGGGACCUCCCCUAACAGUGGACUUGGGGAGGGGUAUGUGUGAA